AUGGAAACCUCAGAAAGCUCCUGCUGCACGUCUAAAGAAGAGAAGGACGCAGCAGAUGCGGCUCGAUUCGGGCUGCCGGACCCAAGGGAGCUUCAAGAUGACCCGGUGCUAGCAGGAUGUUGCGAAGAGGACCUGCGCAACAUGCGCCGCGCUGAGGCCCUACGUCAAGCCCUCCUAGACGUAGACCGGAGCACUGCGCGUUUGAAGCUCCAGCAGCAAGCGCUCCACGUGCCAGCCCAACAGCAUCAGCCGCCACAUCAACAACCCGACACGGAAAACCUUCUUAACGCCGAGCAGGAGGAGGAGGAGGACGAUGAUGGUCUCCUGUCCGAGCUCCGGCGGAGGCGGCUCGCGGAGCUCCAGCGGCAGGCAGUGGAGCGGCGGCAGGCUGCAGAUCAGGGCUAUGGCCGCCUCAAUGAUCUGCCACCUGGUGCCCUGAUGGCAGGCGCCAUGUUGGACGAGCAUCUCACCACGCUGGCUCACCGUUACCGUUGGACCUUCUUUGCAAGGGCGGCGGUUAAGAGAGGGGAGCCGUUGGUGGCGAGAUUGAGGUUGGAGGAGUUGCCGGCGCUGUUGUGCUUCAGGUCCACGGCGCUGGUGGGUCGCGCGGCUGUCUCCCAAUUCGGGCCCCCCGGCUGCUUGGUGGAGGAGGAGGUGACGUCGUACUUGCGGCGAUUGAGGGUUCUUCGAGACUCCGCGGGCGGCGGCGCAAGGUUCAGCGGGCGAGGUCCAAGACGGCGAACUGGAGGCGCCGCAGCCACCGCCCCUGGUACGACAACAAGACCCGGAGGUGGUAGUAGAACGUACGACGACGACGAUGGCGACGAGGAUGACAUUGGCGAUGGCGGAGGCGGAGGCAGCGAUGUUGAGGGGGAGGACCAAGAGGACGAGGAGGAGUGGCGGCUCAAGCCCUGUGAUGUGUGCGGGCGCCGCUACCCGCAUGAGCACGUACGGGCGGUGUACAGCACCUGCCACCGCCGCGACCACAGCGACGGCGGCAGCAGCGGUGAUGACGAUGAUGACGGCGGUGCGGUGGCCGGCCGUCGAUAA